UUCAGACAGGUCUCUUACCUAGUUUACAUUGAGCCAAUCACAGCUCUUCAUUUCUAACAAGUUGGGCUCUGCCGGAAACAUUAAGUUUUGUAUCUCAGUCUUAAACUAUCUGGACUGCAGCUCACAGGACAAAAACACAGAAACCUGUUAAUGCAGUCUGCUUAAAAGCUGGUCCUAAAUAAAGGAUCAACAACACCCUAGACCAGACCCUCAAUGAUUUAGGGAAUUAGUGUGAGGACAGAAAACAAACAUUUAGAUAUACUGUAGACCAAAUCUAAAAAACACUGACCCAGAGUGAUGCUGAUGUCCAGAGCGGUCUGAGCGAACUCCACGGCGUCCUCAAACAUCUUCAGAGCCAGCAUCAGUUCAGUCAGCUUAUUACACAGACGAAGACGCGAUGACACACCACCACUCUUCACCGCGAUGGGCAGAGCUCGGUCCUACACUCAAUAGAGAGAGAGAGAGACAGACACAGAGACAAACAAGAGGAGACCAGACAGAGACAUGAGUCAAUGAGAGACAGUUUUUCUGUGGUUUAAGCAGUAAUUCCCAGUCUGUAUUUAGUCAAUGUAAUCUGUGUUUCUCAGGCAGUGUAGUCUGUGUUUUUCAGUCUGUUCUGCGUAAUGCCUUCUGUGAUUUCAGCAGUGUUUCUCAGUCUGUGUUUUUCAGUCUGUAUUUAGUCAGUGUAGUCUGUGUUUCUUAAGUCUGUACUUAGUCUGUGUUUUUCAGUCUGAAUUUUGUCAGUGUAGUCUGCGUUUUUCAGUCUUUGUUUCUUAGCCUGUAUUUAGUCUUUGAUUUUCAGUCUGUAUUUAGUAUUUGUAGUCUGUGUUUUUCAGUCUGUAUUUAGUCAGUGUAGUCUGUGUUUUUCAGUCUGUGUAGUCUGUGGUUUUUAGUAUGUAUGUAGUCAGAGCAGUAUGUGUUUCUUCUUUUAUCUCUAAUUAGUCUCUGUAGUCUGUGUUUUUCAGUCGGUCUGUGCCGUCUGUGUUUUUUUAGUCUGUACCCUAUAGAAGGUGAUGGCUUUGUCUCUGUCCUGUCGGCUGUUGAAGAAAAUGUCUCCUGCAGCUUCAAGGAGCUUCAGGAUAAAGCUUGUGUCUCCGGAGCUUAAAGCCACGUCCUGAGCUGCCUGUCAGCACAAACACAGUGACACUGAGACACACAGACUCACAGACAUGCAGGCGUUAGGGUACAUGGAGGAUUAAUACAGUUAUAAAUGAUUAAGAGGUUUUUAAAGUCUUAGAGUCCCUCUAUGACAAACCAGAUCAGGUGUGUUCAGACCUGCAGGUACAGCUCCACCAGCUCUGUCUGACCCAGUAGGUGGUAGAUCUUUCCGGCCUGCAGCCAGCCGUAUGCCUCCUUCUCCCUCCAGCCCAGGUCGAUGAAAAUACCCAGGCUGGUCUUGGUGUGGUCCAGAGCCGCCCUGUACGCCCUAAAGACAGCCAAACAACAGAUGAAUUCAUAAACAAGUGAACAUAAUAAACUCUUCAUCCUUAUUCUUUUCUGAUGAUGUCCAGAUUCAGCAUUGAUCCACAUCAGCAGAGACUGAAACUUCUUCAGAGGAGACAUUACCUCAGAAACUAUGGCGCUUUUAUUUUGAUAAGGUCUCAAUGUUGAGCUGAUCAGAAACUCUAACAAUGUUUCUGAUUCAUUAACAAUUUUUAAUCUCAGAGGGAUGCUACAGCUAACUCGCUAACAGUUGCUGCUUUUAUGAUGAGUGGAAACCAGAUUAGAGGACCUCUAUUCUGGACUCACUGACUCCCCUCACACAGGUGUGUGUUGGAUCCUUCCUCUCACCUGUCUGUCUUCAGGCUCAGGUAAAGUCUGCUGACCUCCUCCAGAGCAUCUCCUUCCUGUCCUCUGUCCCCACUGAGUCCCAGCAGGUGGACCCGCUGUUGACUGUAGAUCAGGACCUGGACUUGGUCUGGACUUUCAGAACCAUAAAGACGAACCAGGUGAGCCGUGACAGUCAGCUGACCUGUAGAGAACAAGAAUCAGAAAACAGACAGUCAGCUGACCCGGAAAGGACAGGAAACAGGCAGUCAGCUGACCUGUGGGGUCAUGGCUAGGUUGGGUUUACUCACAUUCCAACAGGUUAGCUUUGAUAGCUAGCAGUAGCGCCCAUUCGAAGCAUCCUUUCCCAUAAUGCACCUGUUCGUGGCUGAGGUGCAGCUGUCCCAGCUGCAAGAGAACACUGAUGAAGUUCUCCACCUGACCUUCAUCCUGGAACUCAGAGAAGAGCUGCACUGCCUCUGUCAGCUGUCUCUGAGCCAGCCCUUUGGCGCCCGCCUUCAGACUCAACAGACCUGCAAGAGGAGGACACAGAGUCAGGUCACCUGACUAAUGAUGUUAACUUUUAGCAUGAAGCAUCUUACCUAGGUUAGCCUGAGCCACGGCCCCGUUAGCCAUGUCCUCGUACUCCUGGCAAAUGUCCACAGCGGCCUCAUAACUCUCUGCAGCCUUCCGCAGGUCACCCAGACGCCGUAGAACAAUGCCACGCAUGUUCAGGACCACACCUACACCAAUCAUAACAGUGUUAACUGUAGCUGAGCAACCAGGGACCAUAACUGGGCAUGUGGGUGGAGCUUAAGGAGAGUGAUGGUGCUCCUUGUUUUUUUUGUUGUACCUAAAAUAACCAGUUACAUUUAUAUUAAUAGUAUAUUCAAAUUUAGAUAUAAUAUAAUAUAACAUAAUAUAAUAUUAUAAGAUAUCAUUUAGAUUAUUAUUUAUUCUUAUUGUUUAUUCAUAUUAUUUAUUUAUAUCUAUAUUUAUACAGUAAAUUUAUAUUUAAAUUUAUAUUGUAUUCAUAUUUAUGUUUAUAUCUUCAAGUGUAUAUUUUUUUAUUUUUAUUUAUAAUAGUAUUUGUGUUUAUAUGUAAAUUAAAUUCUAGGUAACAGAACAACUGACUGAUCACUCAACAGGACUUUAAAAUCUCUCUAAACCUGGCCCACCUUCCUGAAGUGUGGUGCAGUGUUCUGGCAUGGAGUCCAACAGCAGUUCCAGGAUCUCCAGAGCCACCUCAGGCUGGUUGUUGUUGAUGUGAAGCCAUGCCAGCCAGAUGAGGUCGCUGUUUCUCUCUGAGGUGGAGGAGGGGAGCUGUCUGUUACUGAUGAGGGCGUGCAUGUGUCUGAUGGCAUGUCCAAGCAUGUUGUGCUUACACAGGAGCUGGCAGAGUGAGAGGGUGAGCUGAUGGACCAGGACUUGGUGCUGCUUGGGUCCUGGCUGUAGGUCUUUCAUGGAUGACAGGGUGAGGUGUAAGAACGGAGCAAGCUGUGCGGGGAUAGAGGUUUCUGGUUCUGUGGUUUCAGAGAGUUUGCUGAUACUGUCUAAAGCUAGAAGCGUGCUGCUCACGCGGUCAGUGAGCACAGCGGAUAGCUGCAGAGAGGCUGUCCUGGCUGAGCUCACAGAGAGCUGAAGGAGUCCCAGCUCAGUGUAAAGCCUCCCCAGGGUCAGGUAUCCAUGACUGAGAGAUAGGCUCCAUGUCUUCUGGGCCUCAGCACCCAGGACAAGGAGUCUCUCCAGGUAGGGGACCACCUGAGCCCCCUCAGAGCGGCUCCAAUGGUGCCGAGCCAGAAGAAAACAGGCUCGAGCCUCUGCGAUGGUGUUAUGAGAGAGGAUGGAUUUCUUCAGGAUGUAGAUCAGGGCAGAGUCCUCCUCUAAACUCUGCAGACAGUCCGGGAUCCCAAACAGCAGAGCACCCAGCCUCUCUGCCACGCCAAAGAAGCUCUCUGCAUUAUUCUGGAGCAGGUAAAUGCCUGCCAGGUUGGAGUAGACGCUUGCUAGCAGCCUGAGGUCUGAGAAACCAUCUUUGGGCACGCUGAGAGCUUCCUCUAAGUAAACCCGAGCCUGGCUGAACUUUGACCUUCCAGCACACAGUUUACCCAGCAGAAAGCACAGGCGGGUCUGAGCCCAGAACAGUCUCUUCUUCCUGGAUGUUUCCCUCGCAGCAGCAAGGAAGGCAAUCAGCUCAUCUUCGUCGCAGUGACCUACGAAGGCCGAGGAGGCCAGGAGGCCUGAGCCCAGUCCAUACAAGAUGCCCAGCUCGGGUCGGAAGUCUGGACCCUCCAGGAAAGAAAAGAGGGGGAUAAAGUCCUCAGAGUUGCAGUUUCCUUCAACAACAGGGUGAGACCUGAAACAAGGUAGAGUCUGAGUUUCAGUCUUUGAGUCCAGAACGGAGACCUCCUGAGUUCUGUUUGUAGUCACAGGUCCAGACUCUUGUGAUAGGUCUCUUUGCUGGUCCAGAAUCCUCUGAAUGCAGGUGCUCAAGUCAGACUGAUGAAGGUCAGAGAGGGACGAAGAGCUGACUGAGAGGAAAAAAGGAAAACACAGAGUUUAAACACAGACCCAAAGAACAUCAAGAUCCUGAGUCCAUCCAGACCAUCUCACCUUGACUUUUCUUCUCUGAGUCUGUGUGAUGAGCCACAUCUACAAAAACAAAAACACAUGAGCAUCAGACAAUCACCUCCAUCCAAAAACACCUCCAUCACCCACAUCACCUCCUUCACUAUCAUUACCAUCACUAUCUCCAUCACCUCCUUCACCAUCUUUAGUAUCUCCAUCAACUCCUGCCCCAUCACCAUCUACAUUACCUCCUUCACCAUCAGCACCAUCACCAGCUCCAUCACCUUCUUCACCAUCAUCACUAUCACCAUCUCAAUCACCUCCUUCACCAUUGUAUUCAUCGCCUCCUUAGCCAUCAUCACCAUCUCAAUCCCCUCCUUCACCAUCAUUACCAUCACCAUCUACAUCACCAUCAUUACCACCACCAUCUCCAUCACCUCCUUCACCAUUAGCACCAUCACCAGCUCCAUCACCUUCUUCACCAUCACCAUCUCCAUCACCAUCACAUCACCAUCUCCAUCACCCCCAUCAAUAUCUCCAUCACCACCUUCACCAUCACUUCCUUCACCAUCAUUACCAUCACCAUCUCCAUCACCUCCUUCACCAUCUCAUCACCUCCUUCACCUCGUUCACCAUCAUCACUAUCACCUCCUUCAUUUUAAUCACUAUCACCAUCUCCAUCACCUCCUUCAUCAUCAUCUCCAUCACCCAUCACCUUCAUCACUAUCACAUCUCUAUCACUCCAUCACCUCUACCUUUAUCAUCUCCAUAAACAUCUCCAUCACCUACUUCACCUCGAUCACCAUAAUCACCUCGAUUAUCUCCUUCAUCUUCUUCACCGUCUUUCACCAUCAUCUUUUCUAUUUCCUCCAUAAACUCCAUCUGAAUUCAGAUAUUUCAGUAUUUUCACAUUUCACACACUUGAUGAAAAACUCAGUCUGGACCUUUGAGAGUCUGUCAGUCUUACCCAGUUUGUAGUUCAGUCCAGUAUCAUACUGAGAUCUUUCCUUCAGGCAUGCCGUGACCUCCUCCACGACUUUGUCCUCAUCCAGACUGAAGAAUGUGCUCACCUCUCCGUUCAGUAAAAUAUCUGCUGAUCUGGAGCAGAGAGACAGGAUUUCCCUUUAAAGACUCAGUGUAUAACUGCAGUUUCCACCCAGUCAGGGCACUGUGUGAAAUCAGCCUAGCUAAAAUUAAGCUUGGCUGGGCUAGGUUCAUUCACUCACUCAUAAAUGCCCUCUGAUGGUUUCACCAGACUUGUUUUCACCAGACCCACUUCUCCUGUGGCCUCCUUCUUCCCUGUGAACCAAUCAAAACAGUUCACCAGCAGCCCCACGAUGAUGAUGCAAUCACCGGGCGCCACGCUCAGCUCGUCUGGACCCUCAGCAUCGUACUCUGCUGUGGCCUUGCAGUUUCCUCCAGCUGGACGGGGAAAAGGGAAAAGGAGAAAAGAGAUCACAGAGGUAUUUUAAACCUUCUAUUUCAGAAUACUCUCAGGAUCUGCUUCUUCUAUUUUCACUGUGAGAACAAGGAGCCAUUUCAGCUCAAACACCUUUGGAGACAAGCUGAGUGGCUGAACACAAAGCAGACAACAAAACACUGUUCACUUACAUCUUUAAAAUUGUAUGGCAGUUUGUAAAUGAGAGUCCAGUUCAGCCACAGUCCACAAAGCAGAGAGCGUGGGUUUGACCCCAACCCUCUGCAGUUGGCUGUCUGUCAUCCUCUUACUCUAAACCCUGACCCUACCCUGUCCCUGUCCGUAAGGAGAAGACAGGUGAAAGCAGCAGUGAUCAGCAUCAUGUUCUCACCAAACUGCAGAGGGAAGUCACAGGAUGGUUUGCCAUCACCCACCAAGACGCUCUCUGCUGCAGAUUUCAGGAACCACCUGAGGACAGACAGAUAAUGUUACAAUGUUACAGGGUUACCACAUUACAAUGUUAGCAUGUUACUGUGUUACAAUGUUACCAUGUUACAAUACAACAGUAUUAGAGUGUUACAAUGUUACAGUGUUAGUGUGUUACAGUGUUAAAAAGUUAUAGUGUUUCCAUGUUACCAUGUUACAAUAUUACAGUAUUAGAGUGUUACAAAGUUACAGCGUUUUAAUGUUACCAUGUUACAAUGUUAGCGUGUUACAGUUUUACAGUGUUACAGUAUUACAGUAUUACAAUAUCAUUCAGCAAAUGCUUUUGUACAUGUGACCACAGAUCUCUUCACUUCCUGCACCGAUCAGAGAGAGGCUGCUGGGUCAUGUGAUCAUACUCACUGGUGGAAUGGGUGGACUGGCUCCAGGGCAGGUCUGGGCGCCGUGCCUCUGGAUCCAUCAGACAAGCAGAGGACGGUCCAUCCCGAGCCUAGGAAUGGGGGCUCAAACUGGGCUAUGUCCCCCUGCUCCAGGUACAAGUCUCCUCCAGAGGUGGAGCUGUCAAACAUCUGGUUGGUGCUGCAGCUGGCGAACAGAGAACCUGAUAAGAGGAAAUGCACGUUACUGUUAACCCUUUAUAUAUUAUUGGCAAUACUACUAGAUAGUUAGUUAGUUAAUUGUGAUUGGUUAGCUGAUGGUUUGAUUUGACUGGCCAGCUAAGGGUUAAAGGUGAUUAGUUAGUUAAUGGUUUAUUGUGAUUGGUUAGUUAAGGAUGGGAGGUGAUUGGUUAGGAAGGGGUUAAAGGUGAUUAGGGUAACACGAUAAGAGUUAAAGGUGUGUGGUUUUUAGUCUCUGCAGACACAGCUGUCCGGCGUACCCUCCUGCAUGAGAAUCCCUCUGUACAUCAAACCCAGAGUCUCCUCCUGAAAUGAGACUUCCACAGAGACCUGGUCCUCUGGGGGACUGAGCCAGGACUUCUGCUCCAGCAGCAGGUUCUCCAGACAGAGAGCCAGGAACCCUGCAGGAGGAACCACAGAGAUUGUCUCCAGGUUAGUUAAGGAUUAGAAACACCAUGACUAUGUUCAGACAGAGAUGGAAAUACACUCUGAUAGGCUGAACUGAAGGUUUUCAAUCAUCCUCUGAGGGUUAAACUUCACUCUCAGACGCAACCAGAAAGACAACCUGUUUUCAGGUCUCUCACACCUACCUGUAGUGUAAUAGGUGGUGAACUUCCAUAUUUCCUCCAGAGUUUUGAAUGUGACGUAAAAUGCGUUUUCCUCACUGUUGAUGGAGAGGAGAUGAGCAGAGAGCUCCUGCACACAGAACAACAGAAGAGACACACCAAUGAUACCAGCCAUAGGACACAACAAUAUACCCUAUGAUGAUGAUCUGAUCUGAACUUCUGGGCUUCCAUAUGUCUAUAAAAGUCAUAAAGUCAUAAAAUAUCAAAAGUCUGAUGCGUCAGAGGUUAAAGAUGUUUGUCUGAAAGUGAAAUAGGUCUUUUUUUGAGUAAAAUGGUUACAUUGACUGUUUCCAUUAUUUGAUAUUGAAACAUCUGACUGUCAACAAUCAGCAGGAUCAGUUCAUGAUAAGACACGUUCCUCAGAGGAGCUUUAACACGGAGCUGAGAGACGUUUGGCCUCUGACACCGGAGCUACAAAACAUCCUGAUUCAUCAACAGUCACACAGGAAAUCAGUGUGUGUGUUUUUGAGUGUGUAUACCGUGAACAGAGCGGUGACCUCUCUGCUGUCAGUCUGCAGGAUUCUCAGUUUUCCUCUCAGAGCUUCCUGCUGUGAGUCGUCUGCAGGAAGACGAUCUGCACCCCCAACACACUGCAGGAGGACAGGCAGAGCUACACACACACAAACACACACACACUAUUAUUGAUUAUAUUUUAUAAUUUACAGAUAAAAUCACCUCUUUAAUUUUAGGCAGACUCUGGCACACUGUUCAUCUCCAGCUCAUGUCUAGUUGAUUCUCAGCUGCUGACACUCUGACAGGAACUUUGUUUUCCACAGUUGGACAGACUUCAGGAGCUCCUCCUUAGGAUGAACUUCUCUGCUACCUGUCCCACCUGACCCAGGAGAUGCCUGAGUACUGUUAGGAUGUGUCUGCUGUAAACACACUGAUAAUAAAGAUGAGCCCUGGAUCACCACAGCCCUAGGUAAGUUUAGGACGUGACCAGCUCACAGUCAUAUAAGAAGGUCAGAAUACCUGGAAGCAAAGUUCAUAAACCUGCAGUCUGAUGCAAACAGAGCCAGAUCAUCAAGACAGAGGAACCCAAGAUUUCAGGUUUGAAAUCUACAACUGUGGCAACAACAGCUAAAAUAGCAACAUAGAUGACUACAACUACAACAACAAACACAACAACCACUAAAAAUCAACAACAACAAUAAGAAAUUCAUCAGUCCCUGAGAGACAAGAGGAUCCCUUAUGACUCAGACCCAAAUAAAGCUGAAUUAGCCUGAACAGGUGAGCAGGUUUGACUCUUCAGGUGAGUACCUGAGAGUCUGAGGAACAGGAACUUCAUGGUGUUUCAGGCAUAAAGAUCAUGAGAGGAUCAAAUCAACAGAUCUCCAUUUUUUUUCCAGUGAACUCAGUUUGUGAUUAAAAAGAAGCCCAGACUGAACCUCAGAUUAAUGAGUGACCACACAGAGCCACAGGGUCCAGGUUCAAACCAUCCUCUCACCUGACAGCUCACCUGACAGCUCUCUGCUCAUGUCAGUCUCAUGACUCAGUCUCAAUAAAACAGGUAUAAAAGUCAUUACCCUGAACCACCUCUGGUUUCUUGGAUCCUCCUCCUCACUCAGGUUUAUACCUCACCUGAGUCAGGUGGGCAGCUGAGUGGACGGAGUCUCAGUGUAACUGACAGGUGUUUCACCUGACUAGAGAGUAGCUAAAAUCCCAGACUUCUGUCCAACUUGACACCUUACCUCACUGUAUCAGAGGAGAGUAGGACAGACCACAGAGUCCUGAAGUAAAGAGAGGAAGAAAACUGAACACAGGUCAUCAGAGACGCUGAGCGGUCUUCAUCUGAGGCUUCUCCCCCUGUCAAAAUUGUAAAAUAGAUCAGUCUGUGACUGAAGAGGCUGACAGAGCUGAGAGCGGGUCACUCAGGUUAAUGAAGCGUUCUUUGGUGGGGUGGUCUGCAUGUUAACGAUCCUGUCUUAUAAUGUUAGCUUCACAGGAUCACUGUGGAGCUCAGUUAAGUUCAACCCUCCUGAGCCCAGGUCUUCAUUUCUGUCCCUGAUCUGACUCACAGACAAUAGAACUCUCAGUCAGCUGAUCCAUCUGUGAUCACUCUGAUUGGUUGUCUUAUCUCUGCUAGAGAUGCACUGAUCCAUUUUUUUCCGAUCCAAUCCGAUACCGAUACCUGGGCUGAGCAUAUCGGUCAGUAUCUGAUACCGAUCCAAUACUGCUGUUGAAUGAAUGAAUACCUUCCCGUGUGAGUGAAGGCAUCAGGCUUGACAUUAGCCUUGUUAAAAAAAGAUAACAAAUUAACACAGAUAUAAAUUGACUUAUUAUUUAUUAACAAAAAACAAAUUGCACAUUAGCACACAGCAAAAAGAGGUAAAACUUCCAUGUAAACAUUUAGUGCAAAGGGAGAGACAGACAUAGAAUAUGAAGUGAACAGAAUCGCUGUGUUGCUGUGUAUGAUAUUAAUUAAAAGAAAAAAAAAAGACUGGUUCAGAACACUGGAUCGGCAUCAUUUAUCAGAUAUCCGAUCCAGUUAAUUUGUCAAUAUCAGAGCCGAUAUCCGAUCCAACUAUCGGAUCGGUGCAUACCUAAUCUCUGCCAGAAUGUCUUCACUUUAUGACCACACAUCCAGCACAUACAGGCAGCAAGGAAACAGGGAAAACAGGCUGUAAGGAGCAGAGCCUACCUGUCGGACAGGUGUCCUCAGGUGUGGACAGAGACCUCUUCAGACUGGAGGUGUCUUUGCAGGAACCUCGCACUGACAAACAUCAAGAAGGAGAAAGAGGAGGAGGAGAAGAAGAAGAGAUGGAGACUAUCAGAUAAGGAGGAGGUUCAGAAUAAUCAUCACUGUUUCUGAGACUCCUUUAAAUCAAACUUUUGAUCAACUUCCUCAUAAUCCCAUACAGUUGAGGAUUAAACUUUCCAUUGAAUAUUCUGCAGAGGAGAAAAAAAUCCCUCUGUCCUCUCACAUUCAAACAGGUCAAAGUUUUUAACUCUCCUUCAUGGAAGUCUCUGAUCAGGGUGAUCCUCAGGAUUUCUGCUGAGAUCAUUCAAACUGAGUUUAAACUUGAAACACAAACGAACUUCUGAAUUUCAACUAUACUCAUUCACUCUGUUUCUGCUCUGAACUCUUGUAAACUGAAACUCAAACACUAUAUCGGUUAACCAUUUCAGUUUUUAACCGGUAAAAUAUUCGAUCAUGUGUUCAGGGAGCUCCUCCACUCAAACCCAUGUUAAUUUCAACUUUAGAAAUCCGGGUCAUGUCAAACUGUAGUACCUGCUCUGCUGGAUCCCCGGGACCUUUCCGGACCCUCUCGGACCCGCUGCCCGUUUGAAGCCUGUCUCCUCCGGCUCCAGCUGCAGCCGAUGUCCUGCUCCGGUCCGGUUGACAUUUCCGGUAGACCCGUAAGAUGAUCAGAACUCCGGACCGUCACGCGCCCCCGCCGAUCCUCAGUCCCUGUCCAGGAGAUAGGAAGAGCCAGUGACUGUGGCCCCUUCAAAAUAAAAGUCCCAUUGAGGAAGGCUAAGCUGACCUAUAUUUUUACACGUGUUCCGAGGGAGACAAUUUUAGAUUAUAAUUUAGGUUUGACAAAAACAGAAAAAGAGGAAAAAUAUACAUUUGUUUUUAUGCAGCAGAUGAAUAAAUGUCUUUUUCAUUUAUGAAGAAAUUCCCAUCAAGUAGCCUUGGGGCCACGGUUGGCCCCAUAUGCUGUUUUUAGGGGGGGCACCACUCAGCCUCUUGCCUCUAGAGUCCUGAUGCUAAAAUAAUGUGGUGACGAAACAGAAAAAAAAUCUACACAGUGAAAUAAUAGCCUUGUAAUUUUUAUUCAUAAUAAAAAUAUAUUUUUUAAAUAAUGAAAAUAAUUAUGACAAAAUACACUAAUGUAAUGAUAAGUAUCACAAAAAUGAAAAAAAAAAAAUUAAAGUAAUAAUAAAAAUCCCAAAUAAAAUAACGAUUAUGUUGAUUAGUCAAAAUAUAAGUAGAAAUAAACAUUAAAAAUGAAAAUGAUUAUAUAAUUAAAAAAUAAUAAAAAUAAAAAAUAGAUAAUUUUUUAAAGAUUUUGAAAUGAAUUUUUAAUUAAUUAAUUAAAUAAUAAUAAUAAUAAUAAUAAUAAUAAUAAUAAUAAUAAUAAUAAUAAUAAUAAUAAUUUCUUCUGAUUUUUAUGUUUUUUCAGCCUACAUGGGUUUUUCCUGCCAUGCUGUUUGAAACUGAAUAAUGAAACAGGCUGAAUGCUCUGACUGUUUGUGGGACUGCCUGACCUUGACUUCAGGAUGCAAAAACAUUAUUAUAAACUAGAUUUACAGAUACUACUCUUACUAGAAGCCUGUUUCUCCUUCUAAGUAUUGGGAUAAGCCUGUUUGAUUUUCUGUUUCUCUGCCGCUCUGUCAGUCUUCAUAUUGAGGCUGUAGAACUAUCAGGACCCGUUUUUAGGUUAAUAAUCAGUCAGCAAACAAAUAAAGCUGCUGACUGUCCAUGCUGUGCUCAGAGGGUCCAGCCUGAGUGGACUCAGUCAGUGAGUAAAGCAGCUUCACACCCCCAAUACAACAGCAGAGAGAGAGUGUCUGUCGCUGUCCGUCCGUUUGAGAGUCAGCCAACAUGUCAGGAAGUCAGUCAGCGCUUCCUUUCUCAGUUCCUCUCUCUGUCAGCAGCCUGCAGAUCACAACUGCAGCACAAACCUCCUUUAAUCACAGACACUUAGAAAACAUACAUAGAUUCAUCACACUAUGAAACAGUCAGAUUGAAGCUGUCAGCUGACAGAGGUGUGAAGGUCAGAGUGUGUUUAACUGAGUUAGCCAUACUCUGAAUUUAUCUCUAUAAAACACUUUUCAGCUGUGAAACACUGAAAACACAACAAAAGGUAAUGGUUUAAAAAAUAUUCAAAGUCAGUAUUUAACAAAGCAAAGACCACACACCAAAUACUGAAACUAUAAAAUGUUAUUGUUUUACGAAAAAUCUCUGCUCCAUGCAAACCAUGCAAAGACGAUAUCAGAUAAAAACUGGAUCCAGAAUCACCGGAGACUUCUCUGGACCUGGACCUUUAAGGUGGACUGAGGGGACGAAGAAAACUGUCCUGUAGGCUGAUGAAUCAAUACUUGACAUUUCAAAACUUGAAAUCAUGACUUAGGUCCAGCCAGCCCGCUGUCCGGCCACAGGCGAAUUCAUGUUCCAGCUCUCCUCCUCUCUGAAGAUUUGAGGGUUCAACUGUCCUGUGAGUUAGAUACCCCCUCAAGAGAUGAAUGUUGCCUACCGCUUGCCUCUCUAGUUAUACCAACUUCAGUAACGGCCGCAUGAUAGCAAUACACAGUGGUCUGAGGAGCCAUAAACAAACCUCAACCAAAACACCACUCUAUAGCCACAAAUAAUGCUCAGUACAGCACCUAACUUCAUCAACAUUACAUAUAGGGUCCCAGCCAUAGAACUAGCCAUCAAACAUCUUUUUAACUUUGCCUGAUUUCUUCAGCAAAGAGACUAAACACAACUCACCUACUCUCUUCCAGCAGCCUCUUGUUUGUAGCAAGACCUCAGGCCAGUCCAUUAUGGACUUCUGCAGGGUGAAGCAGCUCAAGGAAGAACAUUUAUGAUCAUUUCUUAGUGGAAAUGCAAUCAGACCGAGACGCUAAGGCAGAAGAACUACUGCGUCUGCAGUGCAAAAUGAUUAUUAUGGUGAUUAUUACUUCAAGUACAUGAUAAAGUAAUGAUCAUAAAUGUUCUUCCUUGAGCUGCAUCACCCCACUGCACUCGGUAAUGGACUGGCCCGAGGUCUUGCUACAAACAAGCGGCUGCUGGAAGAGAGUAGGUGAGUUGUGUUUAGUCUCUUUCUUAAUUUUACACCAGAAUAUCCCUUUAAUGCAAAGCUCUCCAAAUAGGUUACAACAUUUUGCUAAUCUCCAUGAUUUUUGUCAUUUGAAAUGCCGCAGUCUAACAUUCUCAUUAUUUUUUAAAUGCAUUUAUUUAAUGAUGAAUUUGAAUAAGAUCUUGAAAAUCAAGCUUCUGUCUGCUUGAUUCGACAUAAAGGAUAAACCUUUAGCCACCAUCACAGUGUUUAAUCAGGAUGAAAGAUCAAUCAAAUUUCCGUCCGUCCUCAUUGAAAUCAGUGUUUGUCAAUAACAAAAUUUGAGGCGGUAUCAUCACCACUUCUGUCGUUUCCUCCUGUUUCCUGAGGAUAGCGCUACUGUUGAAUAUAAACCUAAACUCGACUAAAUGUAGUCAUGUUCUUAUUCUGUGGUAUCUGCAGCUUUACAUCAAUACAAAACAAUAAGCUUCCGCUACUAGACUCCAAAAUUAAAGUCCGAGACCAACGGCGCGAGUAAAAACUUGAGAUUUCUGAUUACGCUGCUUUUAUUUUGAAAUAACAUCGGAAGUAUAAUUCGCGUUGCUCAUUUUCACCUAAACAAACUUGACAGUUCCGCUCCAUCCAAACAUUAGCUUUUAGCUAGCCACCAGCUGGCAGGAUUCAGACCCGGUCCAGGUGAACCAUGAUCCGCAGGAGGACCCAGAGUCUGUCUCCAGACCUCCACCCGGUGUUCUUGGACCCCCCCGGGGCCUCCAGCCGGACUGACGGGGACUUCCUCGACGUGGAGCCAGACGAGGAGCUGCUGUGCUCGGUCAGCGACAUCACGGAGCACCUGGGCCGGAACAUCACCGUGGUCCUGGACUCGGCUCUGUCCGAGAUUCGCAAGAUGGUCAGCAUCCGGAUUCGGGUCCUAAAGAUGGAGCUGCGGGAGAAGACCGAGGAGAUCGAGGUGCUAAAGGCCCGGCUAGAGUCUGCUCAGAGGGACCUGUACCCCGGAGGACCCACCCUGGACCCGGCAGCGGACUCUGGCCUGAAGAAGCCGGACUUUACCAAAGCUGGUCCCGCGGAUCCCCGCAGGAGCCGGUCCGUCCUCCCCGGAGUGAAGAAGGAGAACAUUGACGCCAUCUGCGAUUACCUCAUGAAGGACAAAAACUCCAGGGGAGGCCAGGACCAGGACCAGGACCAGGACCACAGCAGCGACAGAGAGGCGCGACAGGACCCGGACCCGCAGUCCCUUCACCUGUGGCCGGACAGCGGGCUGGCUGGACCUGGGUCAGGUCCGGGGGACUCAGAGUCCACCACAGAAGACCUGUUCAGCAUGCUCCCAUCAGGCAGCAAGAGGAUCUAUGACUAUGAUUGGAUCCCCCCCAUGGAGUUCCCCCCAGACCUGAAAGGUAAGUGGGACCAGGUGAGAGUGGGCGGGGGUCAUGGAGAAGGUGUGUCAUUGUGGGCGGGGUCACAAAAGCAGGUGUAUUAUUGUGGGCGUGGUCACAACGCAGGUGUACCAGUGUGGGUGGAGUUACAUCAGGUGAAUAAGACUGUUAGUAAAUAAGAAAGGAGAAACAGGAGGAAAGGGAGGAGGGGAAGAGGAAGAGGAGGAGAUGGAGGAGGAGGAGAAAGAGAAGGAGGAGGAUGAGGAGGAGAAGAAGGAGGAGGAGUAGAAGUGAGUAAGAGAAACGUAAGGAAGAGGAGGAGGAGGGACGUUCUCUAAACACAAUAACUCAGUGUAUCAGGUCAAUAUCAGCACACCUGUACAGGUGCUCUCUGUCCUCUAAAGCAGUGGUUCUCAACUGGUGGGUCCAGACCCAAAAGUGGGUAGCGGACAUGUUCUGGAUGGGUCGUGAACAGCUGGUCAAAAAAGUUAAUAUUUAAUGCGCUUCUGAUGUUUGUCAUGUCUUUUAAUUAAAAAAUAGGUUAUUUUGAAAUGCAUAUAUGUCAAAAUUUUCAUUUUUCUGGUCUUCAUUUUGUGCAAUUUGAUAUUUUCUGUAUAUGCAAAUUUAGGAGUUGUCAUCCUCAGUUCCAGCGCUCUGAGAUGCACUCUACCCAAUAAAACGGGUGUAUUUAUGUAAAAGAUUUGAGUCUUUACAGGUUUUUUUAUAUAAAAAAUAAAUCUGCUUGGUUUGAAUUCUGUAAAAGUGGGUGACAACUUAAGGGCCAUGAGAAAAUGUGGGUCCCAAGGUGAGACGAGGGCUGUGUCCGAAAUGGAUCCCUAACCCCUAUGUAGGGGACUAUAUGGGGGUUAGCGCCAUUUUGAGAGGUGUCCGAAACCUCAGUGAUCAAUUCCAGUGCCCAUAUAGGCGACUCAAAAUUUCCCAUAAAGCAUUGCAAAAUGUAGUGACCAUCUGAUGAUCACUCACCGGUGGUGGACAUCCUGUCAUGCAUUGCGUCUUGCCAUGUAGUGUCCGAAACCUCAGGUGAUUGAGUUCACUACAUAGUCAACUAUAUAGUGAAACCCCAUAUGGAGAUUAGGGGUUAGGGAUUGAGUGAUUCAUUUUGGACUCAGCCCAGUUAAGAACUACUGCUCUGAAGGAAACAGGUGGACAGCUGAGGGGAGACAGUGUUGAGUUAAAAACAAGAGUGACAGCUUAUCUCUAUUAUUCUUGUUCCUUUUAUUUUGACACAUUACAAGGCUGAAGGAGUGAUUUUAAGAGCUUCACCGAGAACAUAAAAAAACAUAGAGACUGAAAAUGGACAUUGCACAUCAGAAAAAAAAGACAAGUUCAAAUAAAAACAGACAUAUUUUCAACACUUAACCCAUGAUCAAAUUGGAAAUGUUAGAAACAUAUUUCAGACAUGGUAUUCAGUUUUCUUCAUACUUUAAAGACAAGCAUGUCCUCGUGGUUGGGCAUCAGUCAGGUAACGUGUAACAUGUUUACUUGGUACAAACUUAAACUGCAUCAUGAUUUUUACCAUGUUUUUUAAAUUCAGAUGAAAUCUCUCAUUCUUAUUGUGAACCGGAUGAUAAUUUGAGUAUAUGUGAGAAAAUCCCAGUAUGAGUUUUUGACUCCAUCCUGCAGCCCUGAUUUUUGUUCGCAGCUCUGAUAGCCGGUAGUGAGCCGGGAUCUCCUCAUAUCAUCAAGUCCUCCUGCGGUAUAUUUAAUGGUAGUAUCAUAAGGAAUCAAAUGUAUUAAUGAGUACCUGUACCAUCUGGUGAUAAAUUCACUUUUCAUCUUCCAUGAGAAACAGAUUUCAUCUUCGGUGACCGUCUCUGCUCACUGCAAAUACACACCUGUCAGAGUAUCAGACAGUACAGAUGUAUCUUAUGAGAUUGAAGCAUUGACAGAGGACGUAUUCCUGUAGUUUAGAGGGGGUUUAUUUAGCACUGACUCUUUGAUUGUCCUGCAGAUGGUCAGUGAUGACUGUCAGGUAAAGGUGAGUCAGUGUGGGUGGGUCUAUGUUUUUUUUUUUUUUUUUAUCAAACUGAAACAGUCUUCAUGCAGAGCAACCCUCCGUCCCUGCAAAACACAAACUAAGAGAGGAAAGUGACUAAAUCAGCAGAAACUUUAGGGUGCUUUUAUUUUGGAGUUUUUAAUCAGUCUGUGUCAAAAUCUACUGACACUCAGACCAAACUCAGACUGACAAAUGCAGUACAGCAUCUGACCAGAGGAGGGGGGCAGAGAGUCAUUUUCUAUGUUUGUUUCUCAGUGAUGAAGGAGUCCGAGUGUGAGGACCCCGCAACUGCUGAGACAGAAGAGGACGAGGAGGAGGACCUAUCCAGGACAGAGGGGCGGGGAGUGGACCAGGACCAGGACCCGCUGUCUCAUGUCCAGCCUACAGAGUUCUCCAUGAAGGAUCAGGACUCUCCUGAAGGGGAAGGGAGUCCUGAGGAGGGGUGUGCGGAGCAUCCUGCAGGAGGUGAGUUAGAGUCAGGGUCUGGUCUGACAUGAGUUUAGAGCAUUAAAGGGAUAUUCCAUCGUAAAAUUGAUUUAGGGUCAAACACACCAGAACACCGAGUUAGACACCCCCUUGAGAGAUGAAUGUUGCCGACUGCUUGCUUCUAAAUUAAUUUUACGCCGGAAUAUCCCUUUAAAUGAUCCAUCAGCAGCUCAAUAAAUAUUGUGAAAUAUGAUUUGACUUUAUUUUAUUAUUAUCUAAUAUUUCACUUUAUUACAAACAAUGAUACUUGUGAUAAUUUUUAUAGGUGGUGUUAGUGUUGUAUAAACUUUAAUCUGUCCAAUUGUAACAGUCAUAUGACUUUUGUGUGUGUGUAUGUGUUAUAGGUCCACAGCUCCCUGCCCACACCUUCAUCUGCUCUCUUUGUGGAACCUUCUGUCCAGACUCAGCAUUCCUGGAGGAGCACAUUAAACUGAUACACCUAGACUCUGCUGAAGCUCUGCAGGCACUGCAGUCCACUGGUCCUGCCAUCCCUUCAGUCACUGAGAGCAGUGGUGAGUCCAGGAGAGGCCGUGAAGGACAGAGUGAGGCUGCAGCAGGAGAUGGGUCUCGAGGGGGGCCAGGGCCUGUGAGGAGAGAGGUGAAGAUGGAUGGGGGGUAUGAGUGUGGGGACUGUGGGCGUCACUUUAACUACCUGGGGAACCUGCGGCAGCACCAGCGAAUUCACACCGGGGAGAAGCCCUUCAUGUGCCCGGAGUGCGGGGAGCGCUUCAGACACGCUGCCCGCCUAAAGAGCCACCGCCUGGUUCACAGUGGUGCCCAAAGCCCCUUUCCCUGCCCACAGUGUGGGAAAGGCUUCUCCGUGCUGUCUGGACUAAAGAGACACCAGCGUGUCCACACUGGGGAGAGUCCCUACGCCUGCCCCCAGUGUGGACGCCGCUUUAAAGAGCUGGGAAACCUGUACACCCAUCAGAGGAUCCACAGCGGGGCUACGCCCUACAGCUGCCACACCUGUGGACGCAGCUUCAGACACCUGGGGACCUACAAGAGCCACCGCUGCACCCCAAAUCAAUGACCAAUAGAUCCCUAACCAGUAACCCUGCAGACCUCAACCAGUAACCCUCAGACCCUAACUGGUAACACUGACCACAAAGCAGUGAUCACAGGGCAAUAAACCAGUAUCCCACUGACUAUGACCAAGUAACACUGAAAGUGUGAACCAGUAAUCCUAAUGGUGCCCACCUAGUAACCUUGAUGAACCCUAACUGAUGGCCCCUCUAGACUCCCAAUCUGUGACACACAUCUCUUAAUCACUGAACCUUUGUAACUCCAACUGGUAACCUCACGCAUCCCAAGAAGUAGCACAAUUCCACUCAACCAGUGACCCCACCCACCUUAUCGCUGUUCUGCCGACCCUGACCAUUGACCUACAGCUGGUACAGGGUCUGAGGUGUAAAGUUAUAGGUCAGGGUGCUGGAUCGUAUGGUGGACCAGGCUGCAGUCUGAGGACAUCUCACUCAUGCAGCGUCAAACCUAGAAUUAAAAGCAUUCUUCAUCAGGAUCUCCUGGGUCAUGGAGCUGCAGAGGCUCAAACAUUCUCCGAGGAUUUUCACCUUUUCUUGUCAUCGAGAGUUCACGGUUAUUCCUGGAGGUUGAACUGUUUCCUGCCUCCCCCAGUCACAAAACUGAACUUUAUUUAUAAAAGUCCUUUCCUAAGUUUUUACUAAGUGCUUACAUGACAGUGGGGAAAACAGAGCGAGUGUCGGUGUUAUCAAGAACUGCUCACAGUGAGUUGAAACCCAUAUAAAAAUAAAGACAAAGUGUUUUUUCUGAAGGAGGAAGAGCAGCUGUGUUGCUGUGUGUUUCGGGGGGAAGAAGGAGCAGUGGUAGAGCUCCACGGUAGAAUUAACAAUUCAUGUCUUACUGUGUAUGUGCAGAGACCGAGUUCAGAUGAACCUGUUUGGAAAUGUAAACACUAAAGCAGCUUAGACAGACUCUUUCUAACUGAUGACUGCCUUAUUGUAACAUAGGACUACAACUCCCAUGAUCCCUCGCUGCAUCAUGCCCUUCUUAUCUGUAUAAUGUGUCCAUCCAUGGCCCAUUCUGACCCUCCCUGUGAUAAUGGAGAAGCAGAGGGACCUGCAGAGCGCCCCCGUGUGGACAGACUGUGUAAGUUUGUCAGUCCCUCUGCUGCUUGUGCUGCUGCAGAGUCUGGAUUUGAUCUGACACAACGAUCCCUUGUUCUGGUUUAAUCCAUGUUUGCCUGUUUGAAGACUAAAGAAAGAAACCUUUCAA